CCCUCCAUGGUUUCUCUCCGCUCCCGCGAGUAACUUGGCUCCGGGGGCUCCGCUCGCCUGCCCGCAUGCCGCCCGCUACCCAGGACCGCGCCGUCGGCCUCUGCCUCGAGCAGACCCCUUCCGACGGCCCUCGCUGCGCAGGCUGGGACGCCUCUCCCCCCUCCGCCCCCGCCGCGGAAAGUUAAGUUUGAAGAGGGGGGAAGAGAGAGAAACAUGGACAUGAAGAGGAGGAUCCACCUGGAGCUGAGGAACCGGACCCCAGCAGCUGUUCGAGAACUUGUCCUGGACAAUUGCAAAUCAAAUGAUGGGAAAAUUGAGGGCUUAACAGCUGAAUUUGUGAACUUACAGUUCCUCGGUUUAAUAAAUGUAGGCUUGAUUUCAGUUUCAAAUCUUCCCAAACUACCUAAAUUGAAAAAGCUUGAGCUCAGUGACAAUAGAAUCUGUGGAGGUCUGGAUAUGUUAGCAGAAAAACUUCCAAAUCUUACACAUCUAAGCUUAAGUGGGAAUAAGCUGAAGGACAUCAGCACGCUGGAGCCUUUGAAAAAGUUGGAAUGUCUGAAGAGCCUGGAUCUGUUUAACUGUGAGGUUACUAACAUGAAUGACUACCGAGAGAGUGUCUUUAAGCUCCUGCCCCAGCUGACCUAUCUGGAUGGCUAUGACCGAGAGGAUCGUGAAGCCCCAGACUCAGAUGCCGAGGUGGAUGGUGUGGAUGAAGAAGAGGAUGAUGAGGAAGGAGAAGAUGAGGAUAAGGAGGAGGAUGAAGAGGGCGAGGAAGAAGAGUUUGAUGAUGAAGAGGAUGACGAUGAAGAUGAAGAUGCAGAAGGGGAGCAGGACGAGGAUGAAGUCAGUGGGGAGGAAGAAGAAUUUGGACAAGAUGGAGAAGUUGAUGAAGAUGAUGAGGAUGAGGACGAAGACGAAGAUGAAGAUGAAGAAGAGGAAGAAAGCGGGAAAGGUGAAAAGAGGAAGAGAGAAACAGAUGAUGAAGGAGAAGAUGAUUAAUAAGACCCCAGUAACCUGCAAAAAAAAGAACUGUUUAGUAUUGGUUGGACUGCUGACAUGGAUUUGGUAGCUGUUUUUUUUUUUUUUUAAAG